AUUAUCCAUAUUACAUCAUAAACCGAUGUGGGUAAGCUGUGACAUUUUGGUUUAGAGUUGCCCCAACGACCCAUUUGAGUUCAAUAGACAACCCUUAAAAACGCACACGCAAUGUUUACCACAGCGAAUAGAUAAUGAUGACGGGACUCAAGGUGUUUCUGAAGGAAGGAUUUAAAGUGGCGACGGUAAUGGGUCUGGGCGAUGCGAUAGCCCAGUUGGCCAUCGAAAAGAAACCGCUUGACGAUUGGGAUGCCGCGCGAACCCUUCGAUUUGGUGCCCUUGGUAUGGUGUUCGUGGGUCCGGUUCUGCGGCGAUGGUACCUAUUUCUGGAGUCGAGAGUUCCCAAAACCUGCACUCCGAUGCGCCGAGGAGCCAUCAAGAUGCUGGCCGACCAAGCCCUCUUUGUGCCUCCGUUCGCAUUGGCCAUGUCCUUCCUGGUGCCGCUGGUCAACGGCGAGCCCGUCGUACGGAUCCGGCAGCGCAUCCUCGACAGCUACCCCACUAUCCUGGUCCGGAACUACAUGCUCUGGCCAGCCGCCCAGAUGAUCAACUUCAGCUUUGUGCCGUUGGGCUACCAGGUGAUCUAUGUGCAGUGCAUCGCUCUCAUAUGGAACUGCUACCUCUCCCUGGUGCUCAACAGCUAGGGCACUUCGUAAACCUAUGUACAUGUGCGGAUGUACGGCCCGUCGAAUAAAUUAGCUCUAAACGUGA